AUGGCCGAAUCGUCGUUAGCCGCCGACUUACUUGCCGAUUUCAACGACUCUGAUGAGGAGGAGGUUGACGAGAAUGGUACUCCCGAGAUUUCCAACGACCUUAUCGACCAGCCUAAUGGCCGUCACUCCAGAUCGCGCGACUUGAUGGAACUCGAUGGCGACCAAGGGCCCGGCAAUGACGAAGACGAAGAGAUGACAGGGAUGGAGCGGCUGGGACAAACGAAAGGGAAGGGAGAGUUGUCGAUAGACGACGACGAGGAGACGACAAAGGCGAAGGUCGAGAGCAUGCACCUAGUUGAUGUAGACGAUGUCCGGAGCGUCGCGGGACUGAUGAAAGUCCUUGAACCGGUUUUGGAGAGAAUCAAUCACUACAAGUCGCUGCCUCCAACACAAACUUCCCUAGGAAAUGUCGAAGAUAACCCCGAAUACAAGCUGCUGGUGGAAUCAAACGCCCACGCAGUAUCAAUCGAUAAUGAAAUCAUCUUGGUUCACAAGUUCAUUCGCGACCAUUACGCGAUCCGCUUCCCGGAGCUCGAAACUCUUGUGCAAAACCCUCUUGACUACGCCAAAUGCGUUUCGAUAAUCGGAAACAAUCUCGAUAUUAAAGCUUUGGAGGAACAAAAUGGACACAAGCUGCGAUCUGUUCUUGACGGACCGACACUCAUGAUUGUUACUGUUGAAGCUACGACCAACGCUGGACGGCCGUUGACAGAAAAAGAGCUCGCGACUAUUAUGCGAGCCGCAGAUAUGUCAUUGGCGCUGGAUAGCGCAAAGCGAACCAUCACGGCAUACGUUGAGUCACGCAUGUCCAUCUUCGCGCCCAACACCUCAGCUAUCAUUGGCUCCCAAACUGCCGCACAGCUCAUUAACUUUGCAGGUGGUCUCCGCGGCUUAGCCGCCACCCCCUCGUGCAACAUUGCUGCGUUGGGCUCAAAACGCAACACCCAGGCUGGUCUCGCUACGAACAUCGGUAUCCGACAGCAGGGCUAUCUCUACCACUCUCCCGUAAUCCGACAAAUCCCGAAUGACUUGAAGAGGCAGGCCAUGCGGAUCGUCGCCGCCAAAGUCGUUCUGGCAAGUCGGAUCGACUUCUCACAUUCGUCCCCCGACGGCUCACAGGGAGAGGAGCUGAAGGAACAGGUUCUCGAAAAAUUGGAGAAGCUCACAAUCCCACCGCCCAAUAAAGGAACCCGGGCACUUCCGGCACCGGAUGACAAGCCGUCUCGGAAACGUGGUGGACGGAGAGCUAGAAAGGCAAAGGAAGCAACCGCCAUGACGGAUCUCCGGAAGGCGCAGAACCGGAUGGCAUUCGGCCGGCAGGAGGAGGAGACCAGCUACGGCAUCGGCGACUCCACUAAGGGCAUGGGGAUGAUCGGCCAGCAACAGAACGGCCGAGUCAGGGCAUUGCAAGUCGAUCAACGCACGCGUGCCAAGCUUGGAAAGAACAAUCCUGGUUGGGCUGGAGUCGGCAGUGUUGCUGGUGGCGCACAGAGUCUCCUGCGCGGUUCUUCGUCUUCCAACCACGCACCCGGAUUGGCAGCACUGGGCGGAAGAGGCAUCAUGGCGGGUACGAGUGGUUCCGCGAGUGGAACCGCGUCUUCGCUUGCGUUCACCCCGUUCCAGGGCAUCGAACUUAUUGAUCCCAAGAAGCAGGAGGAGCGUAAGAGGAAGGCGGCAGCAGAGGAGGAAAGGUAUUUCAGUGGAGGAACGUUCACGCAGGUGGGAUCUGGGAGCAUGUUGCCGCCUGCGAAGAAGCAGGAUUCGGGUAAAGGCAAAGGAGGCCUGAUGUUGCCGCCACCUUUGCCGAGGAAGUCAUAA